GGAAGUUAAGAUGUCAAUGUCGUAAACUUUUUUCUUUUCUUUUUUUUUUUUUUUUCUUUUCCUAAACCCUAGCCAAGCUGGGAGCGAGGCCAGGAACGGGUUAACCCAUUAGCAAAAAAACACUAUGCUGGGAAUAUCCGCAGCAGAAGAGGACGGAGGGAGCAGCUGCGAUCAUGUCAGUGGGCUGUACGCCGGGGACUCGGCACGAUGCGGACUCCACUGGUCAAAGCUUGGUAAACUACUGCUCUUCACCUACGACAGAAGCUGCCCCAUAGACGAUAUAUUUGUUGCUGACUUGGCGAAUACAAAGAUGGACAGGUCACCUGAGCACAUUGCUCUUAGUGAAUACAGCAGUGUGGAAAGGUCUUCAUCUGCCGAAUCCAAGGACCUGGUCACCAGUAGGACUGAAAGCACAUUGUAUGGUAGCUCAAGAAGCGAGUCUCUUUGGAACACUGCUCAGAGAAGUGCCUGGGACACAUAUCAAAAGCCCAUAAUUAUCAUGUCUAUUGGAGGAUCAGUCUUCCUAUUAGGGAUUAUACUGACCACUAUGUACUUUCUGUGUACAUCGUCUGCACCAAUCUCAAAAAACAUGGGACCUGUUGCCCUCUCGAUUGGACUAAUGGUCUUGAUAAUUGGUUUAGUUUGGGUCCCAAUCAUCAAAAAGAAAAGGAAACAAAGGUCAGCCUCUCGGCUCUUCAACCAUCACCAACGUCAGUUUUUCAUUCAUUUCUGAAAAUUUGGGAGACCAGACAAGAUUGAUAUGUAGCUUGGUAUACUAUACUGUUUGGUGUAAAAAAAAUAAUUAUGUUUUAUAAAAAGUUGGUCUGCAAAGAUAUUCUUCAGUGGUCUACGCCAAGCUCUUUAGGGUGACAAGUAAAAACCACAUGGUCUACACAUUAACAUUCAACAGUAUCGCAAUCCCACGUGAAUACAUAGUGUGAUUAACAUCACGUCAUCAAAGGAAGUGGAAUUUCUAAAAAGAUUUAACGUUUUUGAAAGAUUUUUGGUUUGCAAAGAUGUUCUUCAAUAGUCUACAUCAAGCUCUUUAGGACACGACAUAGAAACUGGAUGGUCUUCACAAGGACAUUAAAGGAUCCCACAUGACAGCAAAAUAUGAUCUACAAAGUCUCCAAAGAAAGUGGAAUAUUGUCAAGAAGCUAUUGGUCCACAAAGAUGUUCUUCCCUGGUCUACGUCAUGUUCUUUAAAAAUGAAAUCUAGAACCUAGAUGGUAUAGACACUGACAUUAUCAAUAUUCCAUAUAAUAUCAAAUUUGGAUCCACACAUAACAUUAUCUGAUUAGUCUUCAAAAGAAAUGGAAUUUAUAGAAAUAUUUUCAAAGCAUUUGGUCUACAAAAAUGUUCUUCAACGGCCUAAGUCAAGCUCUUCAGAAUGAGACAUAGAAGCUGGAUGGUUUUCACAUUCACAAUGAACCUAGUUGUCAGGAUGCCAUAUGACAGCAAAAUAUGGUCCACAAGAUGUCUGUAAAGGUUUUCAUUCAUCCAGAACAUGGUAUAUUAGUAGCAAUAAGUCAGAGUAACUGGAUUUGUAUUUUCCCUUGAAGAAGUUUCGCUAAUCAUCCAGCUGGCUUUCUAGCAAACCAUCUUCAAGAGAAAAUACAAGUCCUGUUCUUCUGACUUACUACUACUGAUAUUGUCUAAAUGGUCUCCAGAGGAGGUGGAAUAUUUUUGAAAAACUGUUGGUCUACAAAGAAGUUCUAUAAUAAUCUACAUUAUAUUCUUCGGAAAAAAAUGUAGAACUUGGAUGGUCUGCACACUGACAUUAUCAAGAUCCCAUGUGACAGCGAAAUGGAAUCCAAACAUUAACAUCAUCUGCUUAAUCUUCAAAGGAAAUGGAAUUUAUAAAUAAGGUUUCAUAUUUUUGAAAGCUUUUGGUCUUCAAAAAAUGUUCAUCAAUGGUCUACGUCAAGCUCUUCAUAACUAGACAUAGAAACGGGAUGGUUUCCACAUUCAUAAUGAACAUUGUCUGGAUUCCAUAUGACAGUAAUGUAUGGUCCAUGAGGUCUCUAAAAGAGGUAGAAUAUUUUUGAAAAGCUGUUGGUCUGUAAAGAUGUUCUGCAUUGGUCUAUGUCAAGUAGAACGUUAUGAAGAAAAUGGGAAGUCUUCAUGUUCAGCAAAGGACUUUGAGUUUUUGGCCAUAAAGAAUUUUAGCCAAAUUGCCAAUUAAAUAAGAGUUAAAAAGGUUUCCAUUUCAAACUACGACUUCUAAGAAAAGUGUUGCCUAUCUUUUACCCAUAUGUAUAACUGUGGUGGCAUGACCUUGUGCCUUUAGUCCAUAUUAACAAAAUGAGAAUGCCACUGCACGAGACAAAUUUGCAUGACAAUUUCAUGUAAGGUCAAUUUUGAGCUUGACUUUCUGUGAAUGGAUGAAAUAUCUCAACCUUCCAAGAAAGGAUCUACAUGUACAUCGCAAGUUGUUGUUUUUUUUAUUUGUUUUUACAAAUAUGAGCUUUGGAAUGAAAAAUAUAUUUACUUACACUUGGCUUUAAUGGAGAAAUAAAGU